UUCAAGGCUGAGGCUAUUCUCUAUUUUAUUUUUCCUAUUUUCUGGGUAAUAUUAUAUGAAAACGUUUAAGAAAAUGGAGACUGAAGAUGGCUAUAUGACGCUGAAAAUCAAGAAUCGCUUUGAAUCGAGAAAAAAAUCUAAAGAUUUCACCCUGUAUCUACAGUGUUACUGUCUCAUGCUAGUACUUGGAUGCAUUGGCAUCCUUAUUUUCAUGAUGGCAGUAAUUGGCCUGAACUUUUGGAAUAGAGAAAUGGAUUUCCUUCAGAAAGCUAAUAUCACCAGCCUAGCAGGAAAUACUUAUGUGUGCCCAAGUGACUGGCUACUGAAUCAAGGAAAAUGUUACAGGUUUUCAACUUUUUCUGAAACUUGGAAUGAAAGUCUACAUGAUUGUUUAAAUCUAUAGGCACAUUUACCCGUGAUUCAAAAUUCAAAAGAGCUGGAGUUCAUACAGAAGAGUUUGAAAUCUGGACAACCUAGUUGGCUUGGACUAUGUAUUACAUCCCCAGGAAAACAAUGGGUAUGGAUAAAUGAACACCUUUUUGUGGAACAAGAAAUAUAAGUACUUAUUUGCGGGGCAGAGAUGGUGGAGGUAUUGAUGUUUUAUUUAUAGAAAAGUAUUUUUAUUUAAGCUUCUUUGCUUUCUGGUCUUUUUCUUCUUUCUUUCCUCAUUUCUUUUGAAAAACACUUUCUCUCCUUUUUUUUUUCUUUCUUUUUUCUUUCUUCCUUUACUCUCUUUUCUUUCCUUCCUCUCCUUCUCCUUUUAACAUUUACUGAAGAGAAUAGAGGGGGUUUCCAGGUGACUCAGUGGUAAAGAAUCAGCUUGCCAAUGCAGGAGACACAGGUUUGAUCCCUGGGUUGGGAAGACUCCCUUGAGGAGGAGGUGGCAAUCUGCUCCAGUGUUCUUGCUGGUAAAAUCUGAUGGACAGAGGAGCUUGGUGGGCUAGUCUGUGGGACAGUAAGGAUUCAGAGAUGACUGAGUGACUAAGCAUGCAAAGGGAAUAGAAAGUAUUCAUUAUGGAACAUGUAAAUUAUUAAUUGCAAAAAAUGAUAGUUACUUUUAAAUUGUUAAACUGAUUUAAAUCUCCUUUAAAAUAUUACCAAGCAAAUAUUUUCCAUAUACAAAAUGCAAAGGUAAAUUUUACUUAUAAAUGAAAAACACCUGAAAUAUAUACAAACAUCUCUUGAGCUGAAAUCAGAAAGUGAGAAUUUGCAAUCUUGCCUUUAGAAAAU